AUGUGGCUUUCAGUCUACGGUCGGAUGGUUUCUAGUAGUGAGGGUUUAGAGUUGGGAAAAUACAAUAUAGAGAGAACAGAGGCAACACAGCACCGAUUUGUUCGGGGCCUCAAGAGACAGAACGAAGCCGGGGAGGGACCAGUGGCUAUCGCCUAUGCACGGUAUUUGGAAUUUGCCGUGCCCGUAGCCAAAGAGGACCUGACUCCCGUCUCGUACGUGCAGCUUACAGCUAAUUUCAUGAUACACUGA